AUGGGAAUACAUGUUCCUUCUCAUGUGCCCAUGGAAUCUACCCCAUUUAAAGGGAUGGAGUUUGAAGCGGAUGAGAUUGCAUAUGGUUUUUAUAAUGAAUAUGGCAGAAAGGCUGGUUUUAGUAUUAGAAAAGAGUACGUAAAUAAAUGUAAAAAGACUGGUGUGGUUACUUCAAGAAGAUUUGUGUGUGCAAAAGAGGGAGUUCGAGGCAAAGACAAGAGAGAUCAGAAUGUAAAGAAUCCACGAGCAGAAAUAAGAUGUGGUUGUGAAGCACGUUUGGUUAUUGUACUUAAUCGAGAUAGUAAAAAAUAUGUGGUGAGUGAAUUUAUUGCUGAGCAUAACCACUAUCUCCACCUUCCAUCAACUGUGCACAUGAUGCCAUCACAACGGAAAGUGGAUGCAACUCAUGCUAUUGAAAUUGAUUUGGCACAUGAAUCGGGAUUAAGACUAAAGCAAUCUUAUGAGCUUCUUAGUAAGCAAGUUGGUGGAUAUGAAAAUCUUGGUUUUACCAAGCAAGAUCAUAAAAACUACUUACGUAGUAAGCGACAGAGAGACAUGGAGCAUGGGGCAGCUGCUAGCUUGGGAAGAUAUUUUAGUCGUCAACUUAAGGAAAAUUCUUCAUAUUAUUUUGCUACUCAAUUGGACUGUGAAGAGUUGAUUACUAAUAUUUUUUGGGCCGAUGCAAGAAUGAUCAUUGACUAUAGCCACUUCGAUGAUGUAAUAACGUUUGAUACAACGUAUAGCACAAAUAGAGAUGCAAGGCCACUUGGAGUAUUUUUGGGUCUCAAUCACCAUAGAGAAACUGUUGUAUUUGGAGGUGCACUUUUAUAUGAUGAAACGAUUGAAUCUUUUAAUGCUGAGAAACACUUGGGUCAUUUACUAAAAACUAAGCCUCAAUUUAACGCUGAUUUCUUAGCAUGUAUCUAUGAGUAUGAUGAUGAAGAUGAGUUUCUUACAGCUUGGAAUGAAAUGCUAGAUAAGUACAAUGUUCGUGAAAAUAAAUGGCUAAUUGAUCUAUUUAAAUUGAAGGAAAAAUGGGCCCAAGCAUAUGUUAAGAGAACUUUCACUGCAGGAAUGAAGACAACCCAGCUUAGUGAGAGUUUCAAUGCUGACUUGAAGGAUUGCUUGCGUACUGAUCUCAAUAUAGUAGAGCUUUUCACUCAUUUUGAAACAAUUUUCAAUCAAAAACGAGAUAAGGAGUUAGAAGCAGAAUACAACUCUAGACAGAAAUUUUCAAGAUUAAAGCUCAAAAGCUCUCCUAUGCUUAACCAAGUAGCAACAAUGUACACGCCUAAGUUGUUUGAUUUAUUUCAGACAGAAGUUGAAGAGGUAAUGGCACUUUCCAUCCUAGAACGCAAUGUGAGUCAAACACAUAGUUAUGUGGUUGGAGUUUUCAAUCAAAAUGGAAAAUAUGAGGUCAUGUGGAAUCCAUUAGAUGAGACUCUAUCUUGUAGUUGCAAAAAGUUUGAGUCAUUUGGUAUUUUAUGUAGGCAUGGUUUGAAAGUUCUUGAUGUAUUUGAUAUCAAGUUGAUUCCUAAUAGAUAUAUCAUGAAGAGGUGGAGAAGAGAUGCAAAAGAUGGAAGCGGAAAAAAUUGCACAACACAUAACAUUAACUCGAAUACUCGACUGGAAUAUGUAGAUCGGUUUCGAGAUUUAUGUCCAAAAUAUAUUCAAUUGGUGAAUGAGGCAUGUGAAACUAAAGAAGGCCAUAAUAUCCUAAGCUUAGCAAUUGCAGAUUUGAAAAAAAAACUUUGUGACCUUAGGAAUUGCAAAGCUAAUGUAGAAGAAGACAUCAUUAGGCCUUCCACUGAUUUUGCAAACAAAGAAGAUCAAUUAUGUGCUUCGAUUACGAUUGUACCAAAAGGGAUAAAGAAAAGAGAGGUUUAUCGUAAUAAAAAGCGUAGGACGAAAUCAUGGUUAGAAAAGAUGAGGAAACCAAAGGAAGGCACAUCAAAGAAGCAAACAAAGAAAAGAAAAGUGCAGGAGGAAAUAUAUGCACAUGACGUCAUGGCACAAAAGCAAACUGAGGAUAUAUCUUCUGGAAAUAUUACUAAUUUUACACAACUUUUAAUGUCGGCUUCUACAAGUUCUGCAGUACAUCAAGGAGGCUCAUCAGCAAGUGUUGCAUUAGCAUCACAUUUAGAGAGUACAUCAAGUGUUGUAGGCUCCAACGACAAAAUUAAUGGCGUUGGAGGUCUCUUGACUCAAGGACGUGUUGCAAGUGGAGGUCUCUAG